AUGAAAAAAGUACUUUCAUCGAAGAACCGAACGACCAAAAUUGAUAAACUCGUUGUCGAAGGCGUUGAUAUAGUUUACCCUAAAGAUAUUAGCGAUUCUCUGAACUUACAUUUUAUAUCGGUCGCCACAAAUCUCCUUUCUGCCAGAUCUCCCACAACGAUGUCUUCUACUUCCAACCCUGACUCCCAUCAUGUUCCACCAUCCCAGUUCCCCUCAUCAUUGGAAAGUUCCUUGCCAAACAAAUUCCAUUUCCGUCCAACAACUGAUGUUGAAAUCUCCAAUAUGUUGGCUAAUUUAAACCCCAACAAAGCUACUGGGAAUGAUAACAUCCCGGCGAAGAUCCUUAAGAUAUCCUCGAACUGUAUUUCUCAAAGUCUGUCGUGUAUAGUCAAUACACCGAUAUCAAUUUUACCCUGCUUAUCCAAGAUAUGUGAAUCGUGUGUAAAGAACCAGAUGAAUGAACAUGACCAGGAAUUCCAAACUUUCUUCGAACCCAGUCAGUACGCGUAAGAAAAAAAUAGCUCGACCGUGACAGCUUUAAUACAAGUCAUAGUCUCCCUGAAACUCGCUGUGGAUCAAAAACAAUAUUCAGUGGCUACCUUUAUCGAUCAGCGGAAGGCGUUCGAUAUUAUUGAUCAUCGUGUUCUUCUGGAUAGAUUAAGGAAAUAUGGGUUUGGGGAAAUCGAGGCUAACUGGAUCUGCUCAUACUGUAUCUAACUGACAGGCAACAAGAUGUCGUGUGUAAUGGUGUCCAAUCUCAACUGUUACCAAUUAAUUACGGCGUCCCACAAGGUUCUGUGCUCGGUCCCUCGCUGUUUUGUUUGCUUUUCAAGACCAUCUCUCUCUUCAAGACCAUCUCUUUAUGCGCCGACGAUAUUGAAACCCACUGUUCACAUCCUAAUCUUGAUGUAGCUCAGUCGUAAAUGAAUAAAGAUCUCAAACGAGUGAAUAACAGAAUGAUUCCAAAUGUCAAAAAAACAAAAUCUAUGGCCGGUAAUUGGAUCACGGCAUGCACUGAAAAGGGCAAAUGAUAUUGGAAUCUAUCUGGACAAUGAGAUCCCUGAUGUGGUCACUACAUUUGACUAUCUCGGUGGUCGAAUAAGAAAUAUUCUGUCAUGGGAACAGCAUGUUAGCAGAAUAUGUCAACGCUCGUAUCCAAAACUUGGCUUACUCAAUCGCAUAUCAUCAUUUCUACCUUCCGUAAUUUUACUCCGUAUCUACAAACAAACUAUACUACCCAUCUUGGACUAUGGUUCGACUGUUUGGCAUGAGUGCGGAAUAAUCCAAACGACGCGGGUCGAGAAACUUCAGAAUCGUGCUUUGAGGAUUAUCCUUCACAAGGGAAGGCGAAAAUGCUCUCAAGAGAUGCGUAGCGAACUAAAGCUGCUGACAUUGCACAGCAGGAGACGAUUUUUACGCUUUAUGUGUAUUUUCAAAAUAUUGUACAAGUAUGCUGGUGCUAAAGACUGGAACUCUCUACCAUUAAACAUUAGAGAAAUGAUAUCACUCUCAAAAUUUAAACGUACUGUUUACGCGGAUCUUUUAGAACUUGACAACAAUUCUCAUAUUUGUAGUAUUUAGGAUGCAUGUUUAUAUUGUAUACAAUCGUUGCCUUGUAAUCGCUGUUCUCCCGUUAAUACCAGCUGCAUUGCUGAUGGGAUUUUUAACAGUAUAAAUAAAGUAUUUAUUAUUAUUAUUAUUAUUAUUAUUAUUAUUAUUAUUAUUAUUAUUAUAUCCGCGUUUUAUCCUUUUGGUUUGAUUAUCCAAAAGGAUAAAACGCGGAUAUGGUCCAAAAAACAUUUUACAGCCUUUUUUAAGUCAUAUCCGCGUUUUUUCCAAAUGGAUAAGAUAGAUAGAUAGGUAGAUAGAUAGAUAGAUAGAUAGAUAGAUAGAUAGAUAGAUAGAUAGAUAGAUAGAUAAACUUUAUUUAGGCACACUAAUCUCAUUCAACAUUGCUGAUUUCCAUGAGAGGUGUGCUGGCUAAUUGUUACAAUUUUAAAGCUAAUUUACUAAUACAUACAAAGUACAAACUAUUAUUAUAUAAAUGCUAUUAAAUAUUCACUUAACUAAACUACUUAAUUUAAUAAUUGAAAGGACGAGGGCGAGGAGAAAAGGUUUUUACAAAACGAGUUGUAAGAUAUCGAAUAUCGAAUAUUUUCUGGUAUUCUAUUCCAUAAUUUAGCCCCACUGUAACUAAAACUUUUUUAAAAAUUCUGUCUUGGGCCUUGGAAUAAAAAGCCCAGUUGAACAACCUCUUAGAUUAUAACUAUUAACAGUGUUGGAAAAUUGGAAAAUGUUACACAGUCUUUGUGGAGCUGAUUGAUUUAUUGUUUUGUACAUGAUUUUGGCUUUCAUUAAUGCUCUAUGUUCUUCAAGAGAUGUCCAACCGAGAGCAGUACGAGCUAAGAUGAUAGACUGUCCAUGCUCAUUUUUAAAAUUCAUAAUUAAUCUAGCCGCUCGAUUUUGCAAUUUUUGAAGACGUUCGCCGAGGCCUUUGCCAAGCUCAUCCAAAACCUCACAACAGUAAUCAAAAUGUGGCUGGAUCAAUGCAUUGUACACCAGCACUAAUGUAUCUCGGUCUACAAAUUCUUUAAGUUUUUUAACGCACCAAUCCCCGAAGAUACUUUACUAGCGAUAUAUUCAAUAUGUUUUUCCCAGUUUAGGAUCUCAUCGAUUUCAACUCCUAGCACUUUUGCGCAUUUUACUUUUUUGAUUGGACAUGUGUCGAUCUUAACUGUGGGUGCUAUUAAUGCUAUUAAUCUUAGGGCGUGAUCCAAUCAAAAUAUAUUCCAUUUUCGCAAUAUAUAAUAAGCUAAGUCUGUUUGAAGGCAACCACACUUUAAUAUUUUUCAAGUCUUUAUUCGCAAUCUCAUCUGCUUCAUUUAAUGUUUUGCCUACAGCUGUAAGGCUGGUAUCAUCUGCAAACAUCCUUGGUGUAACAGUUGUAUGUUUGAGACAAUUUGGCAAAUCAUUUAUAUAGAUAAUAAACAGAAGAGGGCCAAGUAUACUUCCCUGAGGGAUGCCGCAAGUUAUUCUUCUCUGAUCUGAAAUAGCCUGCGUGCAGCCUGACUUUAAAUGGAGAGAAGUCAGUCUGCGAAUCAGGGAACAAUACCGUGUUCGCGCCAUCUUUUGAAUUGCAUGGAUUUCUGUAUUCAACCGUGAUUGGCUAUUGCUCAAAAGCCUAACACACACGCUACGAUUGGCCAAUUCGUUAAUAUAUAUUUGGUUCAAACCAUAGAUAUAGGAGAUCUAGAUUGCUAACGCAUACCUAGCGCAGGCGGGGCCUACAUGAUAAAUCCAAGAUGGCGGUACAAGAGGGCAAAAAGACUAUAGAUUCUAUUAUGAAAAUCAAGAUUUUCGCAUUUUUUGCCGUCGCAUUAUUUUGAAACUUAUUCGGUCAAAUUUUAUGGUAAAGAGAAACUUACCGCGAAGAUUUUGAGCAUAUUUAUGAUUGAAUUGGAUAACUCGCAAAAUUAUCCAGCGAUAAAAGUUCGUGUACAGUACUGAUAUAGUACUAUAUAUAUGUAACUUGUACAGUUUUGCUUUAAUUUUUGCUCACUAUUUGCAUAGAAAGCAAAUUAUAACAGACCAUAGAUGAUAGACCCUUAUCCAGUGCUCUCAUCAGUUUACUUCUCUAACAAGCAAGGAAGGGGGGGGGGGUACAUAACAGUUCAUUUUUCAUAAUUAUGAGGACAGAGCAGAUGAUGAUGAAAGAUGCAAGUAUAAAACACCAUUCACAAGACUAAAUGUUAACAUAGCACAGUAUUUCUGGCAAUAAAACGCUCCAACUGACCAACUGACCAUUUCACGCGAACUUUUAUCGCUGGAUAAUUUUGCGAGUUUUCAUCCAAUUCAAUCAUAUAUAUGCUCAAAAUCUUCGCGGUACGUUUCUCUUUACCAUAAAAUUUGACCGAAUAAGUUUAAAAACAAUGCGACGGCAAAAAAUGCGAAAAUCUUGAUUUUCGUAAUAGAAUCUAUAGUCUUUUUGCCCUCUUGUACCGCCAUCUUGGAUUUAUCAUGUAGGCCCCGCCUGCGCUAGGUAUGCGUUAGCAAUCUAGAUCUCCUAUAUCUAUGGUUCAAACAACAUUCCAGAAUGAAAAAAAUGGCGGACAAAAACACAAAGAGCAUGUUGUGUGUAAUUUAUGCACAAAACCAUACAAAAGAUUUGAAAGGGUUCUCAUUGAGGUUCCCAAGACGCCAUUUUGCUAAAUAUAUUAUUUUGUUGAACUGAAUCUAUUAACGAAUGGCUUCUCCCCAUUCAAAGUCAGGCUGCACGCAGGCUAAUCUGAAAGCUUCCAUUUAGCUGACAUCUCUGUGUUCGACUUGUUAAGUAAUUACUUAGUAAAUCCAGGGCUUUAUUACCAAAGCCAUACCGUUCGAACUUACGUAAAAGAAUUUCAUGGUUGACAGUAUCGAAUGCUUUCUUUAAAUCGAAAAGAACAACUAUGUUGUAUAGGCCACGUCCAUGUUAAUAUACCAUUCAUUAGUACAAUCUAAAAGUGUGGUAGUUGUGGAAUGAAAUUGUCUAAACCAAACUGAUGUUCUGAUAGAAUAUUCUGUUUCUUUAAAUAAUCAUACAUUUGGUCGUACAGAAUCCUUUCCAUCAGUUUGCUGACCACAGGUAAAAUUGAGAUUGGUCUAUAAUUGUCUAACAUAGUCCGUUCGCCUUUUUUAAAAAUUGAGUUACUCGUGCUACUUUCCACUCCAUCGAGAAUCUGUCAGUGGCAAUAGACAUAUUAAAAAUCCUUGUUAAAGGCUCUGCAAUAGCAGGAGCUGCAGCCUUUAAUACUUUAGCUAAAAUUUCGUCAAUACCUGUAGCUUUGGAGAUAGUUAAUUUGGUUAUAAGCCUAUUAACUGUUGCAACAUUUACAGGUUGGAAAAUAUAUCUCUCAACUGGUUCAUGUUGAGGAAUGAAAUCUCGAAAGCUACAGUUGUGUUCGUAUUCAAUUUUUUCAGCAAGGUUAGGACCAACAUCGGUAAAAUAAUGAUUAAAACAUUAACCAGUUCACUAGUUGAUGUGAAUUUAUAACACAAUGAAAAGACAACAGGCAGUUAAAUAACUCCCGCAAUAACUAUGAAAAACUCGUCCACGCAAUCAGCGGAUACUUGAGAGGUUUUACAACAUAUAAAUACCAAUCAACAGUAAUUGCGAGAAGUAUAUUGCCAGUGAAGCGAACAGCAAUGACCAGAUAGUAGAACGACUUAACUAACAAAAUAAGUAGUUAUCAUUGCCAUAAUAUAUUAUAUAUAAAACGACCACGAGGGUAGUUUUUUCAAAGGAAAUAAUGUAUAGAAUUUAGGACUCCUAAGCAUAUGGUUAUAAUAUAUAUGGGAGAACAAAUGAAAGAAUUUUAUGUUGAAUGUCGUUUUGUCAUCCCGGCUUAAGCCUCAUUCACAUGAAUGAUUUAAUGAAAACCAGGAAUACAGACAUCAAAGGCAAAACAAAAAGAACUUUUUAAAAUAUUUUGGAAUGGGUAUUUGUUUCUCACUGACGUUUUGUAAGACAAAUGCCACAAAGGCCGAAAUUAUUGGAAAAAAAUAUGGACGCAUAUACCGCCAGCCAGUGCAGUUCCGCAAAUGACGUACAGCAAGUUUAUAUAUUCAAAACUUUGGAUGAUCGGCGGAGAGUGGACGAAAUUUGCACAGCAGGAAGUCGAAAGAAAUUUUUACCUCUGCAGCUUCGAAAAAAUAAUUAUUCAAUUCAUUUCAUUAGUGUUAACUAAUGCAAGGUAAGUUCUAGUCUAUACACUUAUUUUGCGUGUUUGUGAACAGUUUCCUUUUACUUUGGAUAUCCUGUAAUUUUACAGCACUAUCGGAAAGCAGCUGCAAAAACUCAAGUCGAGAACAUAUGUAAAGCUGCGGGCUUAAUGUGUCUUUUUCUCGAAGAAAAAUCCGCAUUAUUCUUAUAUAAUCGUGCCAUGAAUUUAUCAAGUUUACCAAAUUAUUUCACUAUAAAUUUCUCGCCUUCACUCGUGGCGAGAAAUUUGGCCAGUUUCUCAUAUCGAUGUACAAGGCUGCAUGUUAAGAUCUAUAAAAGACGUUUGUUGAUAAAUAAACUUAAAAUUUUGUAAUUUAUAGUCGUUACUACGAGCAUCAUUUCCGGGCCAAAUACGCAGAAGCAUAGGGUUACGUGAAUCAUUAGCAGUUCCCAGCUCAAAUUUUUGCUAAAAGGUUGGAUCAUUCGGGAAACCGCCUUGCUUGUAAAGGAGGAAAACACAUGCAGCCGUUUCCUUCUUUAUGUGAAUGAGAACAGGGUGGACGGGUUUGUGUUCAAUUAUAUUCGUUCAUCAGCUUUGCAUAUAUAGCAGUCUAUCCUGCACGCUUAUGCGUAUACGUCAUUAAAACAUCACUGGGAAAUACAAUUCUUAUGAAAGAAAUCUUUACCUCUGCAGUUUGAAAAAAAUACUGUUGCUAUUAUAAUUACAUUGAACUUAGUAUUUAAUAUCAAAUUUUCUUUUAUAUAUCUUUUGAUUCGCCUUAGCUUGGAGGUCUGUGCUAAAGACAGUGCUUAUAAUAUGUCACAGCGAAGUUUAGUCACAGCUUAAUUAAAAAAUAUCUCGCACAUUUCAGUACUUCAGUGCACCUUUUGUCCUCUUAUUAUCCGCAUCCGCAUAUCUUCAUGUUUGUAUAUACCUAUAUUGUAUAUGGGUCACAUGCAGGGGCGCACAUCUAAGGAAUUUCUAGGGGGGUGUGGGCCACUUGGGGACCGACUUUUUGAUAUUCAAAAAGAAAUUAAACAGAAGGGUAAAAAACAAUUCUGCAAAAACAUCAUGCCACAGAACAGGGACGUGGGAAUGUAUUUGAAAUCAGGGGGUCAAGUCCCACGAGGCGCCACCAUGGUUCGCGCCGAGCGAGAAAAUUUUCAAUAUUUAGAACCUCAGAGUCUUAACUAUACCUAAAUUUCGGCUCGUUCAGGUGUACAAACGAAGGAUUAAAAUUCAUCCCUUAUUUAAUAUUUCUACAUUUGUUCAAUCUGUUCCAGAUCAAUAGAAUCAGAUGUCUUUUUCUGAACUGAAGAAUCAAAACAUGUGUAUAGGCCUAUGAGCUCGCGUGUGAAUACCAGGACGUGUGUAUUAGCUGUCAUGAGAAUAUCCGUUCGCAGGCCACAGGUGCGAAAUCGGAUAGUAGCAGAGAGAGAGAGACGAGUUUAUUUCUUCGAAUAUAAUUGUUACUUUCGUCCGUCCAUAUAAAAUACUGAAAAUAAUGAAAAAUAGAAGUGUAUAAUAACAACUAGCAAAACAAUGAAAUCAAGAUAAUAAUUAAUCUGAAUUAACCAUCUAAACCUUAGCGGGUGCGCUACGAUUUGACGUUUAAAAAUCAAGAAAUAGUUUCUUACACAUUAACACAUAUACAUAGCCUUGUUCAUAACAUCUUACCAACCAGCCCUUGUGUUGUCGGUCCCAAUUCACGGAGUCGGACAGAAGUAAAUAUUAAUUCUUAUACCCGAAUUUUGGGACCUAGUUUUCGCACAGUAUCAAGGAAGAAUGGGACCGACUUUUAGUGAUAUUCGGACGCUAAGGGGGGUUUCGCACCCCCCUUCCCCCUCCCCCCCAAUGUGCGCCCCUGAGUUGAGCUCAUUUUAAAUAAUUUAACAUUCCGUCUAUGCUUCGUUUUCCCGUGGUGGAAUUCCCAACGGUGGAAGAAUGUGAUUUUGACCGGCAAUUUUUAUUUGACGAGUAUGCAUGGCCAUUUCUCAUCGUUACGAUUUAAAAAGAAUAUCAUUGAAAAUGAAAAGCUACUGAAUAAUUGUUUUUGUUUUUAUUUUUUAUCAGCUUCGCCAACUAGGGCAGGGUCACCACAACAGCAUAUGCCAAUUACUGUGGGCCCUUUUUACCUAACCCACCCUGUCAACUUUUCCCUGUGGGAGGAAACCGGAGUACCCGGGGAAAACCCACGGCGUUCGGCAGAGCGUUGACUUUACUCUUUUCACAUGGGGACUGGGUUCGAGUCGCACUGAGAAGGUACUUAGUGAGAUUCGAACCUGCAGCCUCAGAGGUGAAAGGCAAGUGCGCUAACCACUUGGCCACCGUAGCCACGUUUAUAUGAUGCACAACAGCCUGUUGUCUGUUGAAAUUCCAUAGCGGUUUUUUUAGACACCCUGUAUAGCCACGCGACAUGUAGAAAACAAUUUGCAUACAAAUACAUUUUAAUUUUCCUCUGACAAGUUUUUCCAGUUCCAUGACAGGUUUCAAAUGGUGACGCAAUGGAACUCGCUGAUACCAGUAGCGGGUAUAACCACAAUAGAAGAAGCUUCGUAUAUACUCGGAGAAAAUAAUUCAAGGUGAGUAAUUAUUGAAGUCGAAAUCUAGGAUAUAUUGUAGAGUAAACCUUUAUUUAAACACGGUGAUCUCAUCAGGAUAUCAGUUUAAUAAUAAAAGUCAUGGAUCUACUUUACAUAAAAUUAUUCAAUCAGCCAUGAAUGGCAGCCAUGCUUAUCGUGCCUAUGAAUUUCAUCUUAAAAUUGUGUUGGUAUAUAAAUGGGCUAAAGAAACUCUUCAAAAUAAUUGGACUACAGACCUUCAAACCUAUGGCAAGUAUUUAUUUGAUUGAUUAGGUCAAUAAGUGUUUUUUGGCUUGUUUUUCGUCGAUUUGGUCGAUGUGUAAAUACAUUGUGUUGCAGCCUGUAGUGUAGAAUUGCAACAUGAAUAUUUUCGUUUGUCUGACAAUAACACUUGUCUUCAUUUUUUUUAACCCUUGAAUGGAAACAUAUAUUGGUCUCGGAGACCUAACUUAAGGAAGAUGGAUGACUUUGGGACCACUCUCCUCCGCAGAGCCUUACGAAUUUUUAGUAAAAUUGCGUAAUAUUAAGGGGGGGAGGACAAAUUACGCAAGGUAUGAUGGGAAGACGGAAGCUACGUAAGGCUCUGCCAUAUAAUGUUUCCAAAAUGGCGUCCAAUUACAGACAUAAGAAUAUUGAAUUACUCAUGAAUUUAAAUUCAUGGCGACAAAUAGGCCGUUUCAGGAUGCAAACCUAAAGUUUGCGGUGAAUUGGUUUGCUCAAAGUGCAUUGAGAACAACAAGGAAGUUUUUUGACGAUGUUGGACCGAAGAAACGUUUCAAAGUUUAUAUAAAUAAACAUCGCUCCUUGAAAUUCAAUGACAGCAUAUGCACUCUGGGUGAAACGCUGCACGUUGUGAAACAAUUGUCGAAUCUGCGAUUAGAGACGGUAUGUAAAUAUUAAAUAUAUUAUUUUUGAUUGAAUAAAAAUACAAAGUAUAUGUACUAUAAAGUAUGUAUUCAUUGCUGUGUCCCCAGUGUAUAUGUAUUUGAUUUGGCACAGUGUGUACUUUUUCUAGUUGUUGCAAUCUUGGUAGCAUAAUAAAUGGCCAUUUAUACCACCCAAGGUUUGUAAUGUUUGUGUGAAAUGUUUACAUGCACUGAACUCUGGUGGCUUAUAUUAUCAAAGGUGGCCCGCAGUUAUUGGGAGUAUAAUUUCUGUUGCGGUAACCCUGCCACUUGUACUUUAUACAUACAUAUGUCUGUCUGUCUGUUUAUUUGAUGUACUUUAUACUGUAUCAUGGCAAAGCUAAUGGGUCAUUCCAGAAAACAUCCAUACCACCCCCAGAGAGGGAAUUGUAACCCCCCCCCCUCCCCCCUAUUAUCAGAAACAAUUUUGUCUCCACUGCAAAAAUUUCCUCUGUGAGGGGAGUGUGGAUCCUUUCUGGAACGACCCAAUAAAUGAGUUCAAAACUUUCAUUUUGGAAAUUUUAAAACAACAAAUAACAAUAAUUAAUUAGAUUUAUUAUUAUAAUUGCCAGGUGAACCUAUAGUAGUGACUAUGGUAACAUACAAAUAUCUUAAUUAUUCUACAGAAUAAUUCCAUGGAUGAUGUGUCAAUCUAG